GACAGCAUCGACGACAUGGUUAACAAUUCUUGCUCUGGUAUAGGCUGUUGCCAGACUCAUAUUCCAGAUGGAAUAAAAGAUUUUAAUGUAAGGGCUAGGAGCCCUGAAAACCACUCCAAAGUGAGUGAAUUCAAUCCAUGUAGUUUCGCCUUUGUGGUGGAAGAAAAAGCAUACAAGUUUUUCACCUUAGAUCUUCAGAAUAUGCAGGAUAAACGUGCUUUUCCCUUGGUGCUAGAUUGGGCAGUUGGGAAGCAGACAUGCGAAGAUGCUAAGAAGAAUACUGCAGGAUACGCAUGUAAGGCAACUAAUAGUAAUUGUGUCAAUUCCAAAAACAGUCCUGGGUAUCUCUGCAACUGCUUCUCAAGCUAUCAAGGAAACCCAUAUCUCUUUGAUGGUUGCCAAGAUAUUGAUGAGUGUAAAACUCCAAAUCACGAGUGCGAUGAUAAUGCAUGCGUCAACCAUAUGGGGUCUUACAGCUGUUCUUGCCCCAUGGGGUACCAAGGAGAUGGGUGGAGAAAUGGAAGUAGUUGCACUCCCGUUAUUCCUAAACCAAGCAAUUCUAAGAAUAUCAUCAUUGCACUUUGUAUCAGCAUAAGUCUCUUAGUCUUGCUCUUGGGAGGUUCUUCUGUACUUUUGGGAUUGAAAAGAAGGAAGUUCAUGAAACUCCAAGAAAAGUACUUCCAACAAAAUGGUGGCUUAAUGUUACAAGAACAUAUUUUGAAUCAUGGAAGGUCCAUGGAGACAACGAAAAUCUUUAGUAAUGAUGAGCUUAAAAAGGCCACCAACAAUUAUGAUGAGAGUAGAGUCCUUGGCAAAGGGGGUUAUGGAACUGUUUACAAAGGAGUAUUACCCGAUAACAAAGAGGUUGCCAUAAAAAAGUCCAAAGUCUAUGAUAAGAGCCAAAUUGAACAAUUUAUAAAUGAGGUAAGUCGUGCUUCUCCUCUUUCAUCAGAGAAACAUUUGAAGAUAGCAACAGAAACAGCAAGAGCCCUUGCAUACCUACAUUUUGAAACUUCUAUGCCAAUUAUACAUAGAGAUGUGAAAAGCACUAAUAUACUAUUAGAUGAUAACCACACAGCAAAAGUGGCUGACUUUGGAGCUUCAAGGUUGAGGUUGAUAACUCUUGAUCAAACAGAAAUAACCACCUUGGUGCAAGGAACUCUUGGGUACUUAGACCCUGAAUACUUCCAAACUGGCCAACUAACGGAAAAAAGUGAUGUGUACAGCUUUGGUGUUGUGUUGGCAGAGCUGCUGACAGGUGAAGAGGCAAUUUCUACCAAUAGGCCUGAAACUUAUAAAAACCUAGCAAUGUAUUUUGUUUCUACAGUGAAAGAGGAUCGUCUACUUCACAUUCUUCAGGAUCACAUUGUCAAUGAGGGUAAUAUUGAGCCAUUAAAGGAAGUUGCUAAUCUUGCAAAAGGGUGCUUAAGGUUAAGAGGGGAGGAUAGGCCCACUAUGAUGGAAGUGGCAAUGGAGCUAGAAGGAUUGAGAAAUAUGGAAAAGCAUACAUGGGGAAAAGAUAAUCAAACCACAGAAGAAACAGAAUACUUGCUUAGUACACCUACACUCCCUUUUAACAUUGAUAUUGGCAUUGGUUCUUCUGCAAGUGCAGUUAGUGGACAUGAUAGCAUGAUAAACCAACUCUUGAAACCCCUACAUGAUGGUCGAUAAGUAGUUAAGUGCACAAUAAUUGACUUAUAUAAAUCAAUGAGAUCCAUUCAUGAACUUCUACAUUCCUAUUAAUGUUGUGUAAUAAUGUUGUAGACUCUACCACAGAUCAUUCAGUACAUUUUCU